GUGCGUUAAGUCAAUUGGAUUUGCUUCUUGCUUGCUUGACAUGGACUACAACUCUAACGAGAGUGGGCAACACACUUAGCUGAAUUACGGACAGACCGAUCCCAGUAACUCCAUCUUAGUUGAAAUUGACGUUUCGGUAACGCAUAUCAUUUUCUAUGAUUUUCAUGUUCAAGUUCGUGCAUUUCACAUUUUGCACUUGAACAUGCCCCUUGUGCGACAUUACGUCAGUGUGUCUCCUCCCCUAGCGUCAGCUUUGGGUCAACCCAUACCUGGUAGUUUACUGUAGGCAGCUAUGGCGAUCAUCAAGUGAUUAUUAAUGUAUAGGUGCUCGGCUUACUGUGCUGCUGCCAAAUUAGAGUUUACGCUGACAUAAUGGCUUCAACAACAGCUGACCGCAAUGGUGAAGCUGCCCCAGCUGUCGACGAGCAGAGUAGCGAGCAACACUCAUCAGAGUUGGUUGAGGAGGUUUCGGGCCUGAUAUCAGACGAGAAAUCGUGCGUCACAGGGGACGAGGAAAGAGUUGAAGCUGAUGGCGGGCAGGAAGAAAACGAAGAAAACGAGAAACCCUCACCUGAGCAUGCCUUCGUUAAUGAGGAACAGAGAACGGGAGACUGCAGCGGUGAAAUUUCAGCGGCUGUCAAUGAAAGCGAAAGCAAUGUUUCGACAACGAUAGAAAAUGACAGUAGUGGUCCUGAACGUGAAGAUGCGACACUUAAAGCACUGAAACAGGAACCAAUAUCGGUUGAUGAAAAUGACUCCUCUGCGAAUAAACAGUGCACUGGAUGUAAACCAAACGAUGAAAGUACAGAUAAAACUGUGAACGAGGGCAACGAGGAUGACAACAAGAGGCGAGUUAGCAUAGAAAUGUCGUCCUCUGAUGGAGAGCCACUCAGUCGCAUGGACUCCGAAGACAGCAUCAGCAGCACUCUGAUGGACAUGGAGAGCACGGCGUCCAGCGGCCGCUCCACGCCGGCCAUGAUGAAUGGCCAGGGCAGUCUCGCUCCCUCAUCAGCCAAGACGGUGGCCUACGCCUGCUGCUGGGACCACUGCCUGGAGUGCUUCACCUCCAGCCCCAGCCUGGCCGAGCACAUCCGCACCGUCCACGUGGACGACCAGCAGGGAGGGGAGUUCAGGUGUCUGUGGAAAGGCUGCAAGGUGUACAACACGCCCUCCACCAGUCAGAGCUGGCUUCACAGACACAUGCUGACACACAGUGGAGACAAGCCUUUCAAAUGUGUGGUCGGCGGCUGUACCGCAAGCUUCGCCUCCCAGGGCGGCCUGGCGAGGCACGUGCCCACCCACUUCAGCCAGCAGAGCUCCUCCAAGUUGUCCAGUCACACCAAGAUGAAGGAGGAGUCCCCAUCCAAGGCAGGCCUGAACAAGAGGCGGAAACUGAAAAACAAACGAAGGAGAUCUCUGCCCUUCCCUCAUCUCUCUCCCUACCCAGCGCGGCCGCACGACUUCUUCGACGCGCAGACCAUGGACACCAUCCGGCACCGCGCCAUUUGCUUCAAUCUGGCGACCCACAUCGAGAGCCGUGGCAACGGGCACAGUGUGGUCUUCCACAGCACGGUAACAGCAAGGCGGAAAGAGGAUACCGGCAAGAUGAAAGUUUUGUUGCACUGGACACCAGAGGACAUCCUGCCAGAUGUGUGGGUGAAUGAGACGGAGAGAGGGCAGAUGAACACCAAAGCAGUGCACUUAUCCCAGCUGCCCCGGGACACAGCGGUGCUGCUGGACCCCAACAUUUACCGAACACUCCCCCAGAAGCGAUUGAAGCAGAGGAUGCUUCUCUAGCCUGAGGAGGCCACUGCAUCAGCGCACUGCAGCCCUCCAGUAGACCGGACGUGGGAAGAGCUUUGUCUGCCUCUUCUGCCUUCUAAAACCUACAUUUUUUUUGUUGAAGACAUUGUCCAAGAUGUCCAGAUUAUGAAAAGUCUUGAGUUUUUAUAAUAAUAAUUAUUAUUUUUACUGUUGCUUUUUGUUUUGUUCUUUGGUACUUCAGUACUUAAACUUCAAUAUGUGUGUGAUCUGGUGGUUUUGUUUUAUGAAAGCAUUUAUGAAUGCGUUUCAUCAUGAACAUGUACAAAAUUGUAUUGUUUAAGUUAUUUUUCUAACUUGGGAUUUUAAUGAUUCUAAAAUAAUGUUUAGCUUUCUUCUUGAUAAGAGAGCUGCUCAAAUAAGUUCCCACGGGCUUGAGAGAAGCCAAACCACAACUCUCUGGGGCUCUACGAGGGCCCUUGAUGAUGCUCCUCUGUAUGAAAGUAGUGAUUGUGAUGAUGAUGACAACGAUGAUGAUGAUGAUGAUGACUGUGAAAGGUCGAGAUAGCUGUCGCGGUUAGAGCUAGAUGGAAACUCAUGGAGGACUCAGGAGGUAGAAGAUGUUAGAAGGAUGAGCUUUUUAUUCCCUCAAAUGAGGCCCAUAAGGCAGUAAAACAAGGACAUCACUAAAUACAAAAAUAAUGUUGCAACAUGGACAAACAAUCAGGCAUCCUAGCCUCAAUACAAAUAAACACUAUAAGCAGCCGACUAGUCAAUUAAAAGGACCACAUUAACUAGUCCAUGGUGAGAGCUCCAAAGACUCGUGUCUUUCUGAAACGGCAGCUCUCCCGAAACAAAGAAAAAGGCAGGUUUAAGUACCCUUGACACUAGCCUGCACUUGGCUCAUGCCAAUUAUUGCUUGCAGGUGUGUCAUAGUCAGGCACCAACACCUGUGGCUAUCAGCAGCCAUACUUAAACACAAGGUACCCAAAUAGCUGGGAAAACAAACUACUUCACAGUAGUAGAACAGUGGUUUGGUGCCGGCAUAACAGACACAUAACACAUCAGCCUAAAUAUACUUAUAAAUACCUCGGCUUACCCGGAAGUUAUAAAGCAUUUUACAACUCUUGCGCUUAAUCGCGCCAUGUUCACUAAACAGACAAACUCACAUACAUAAAACAUGCAACACACCCAAGACACCUGCACCCUGUCCACUGAAGGCAGCAGCCUACAGGCUGCAGUGGCGGGUCACACAGGUGCCCCGUCACAAUGACAAAGAAGAUUCAGAAGGGAUACUUACAGUCACAGUGUUGGUGGUCUAAAUGGUCACUGGUAUCAUCGUAUCCUUGAGGAAAUUGAUCUGUGUUGAAACCAGGCUAAAAGCAUCUGCCUUGAAACAGUGUCUGGUUUGAUGUUGUGCAGAAGGCUCUGAAUGGCCUCCAGGGAGUUUGAAAAGAUCUGAGGAAGGCCAGUGUCAUCAUGUAGCUGUACGAGAAAGUAUGGCGGUUGGCUUUCAAUGCAAGUUCAAAUAUGUGAUAUACUUUGUACUAAAGAAAGAUAGAAUGUGUUUAUCCAUGUAAAUGUUGAUGUCCUACAGUUAAACCACAGCAAAGCUGCCUUAUACCGUAGCAGUUGGCGUAAAACCUCACAUCUCAGUACACUGAAGUUGUCAGUAAAAGGAGAAAAACAAUGUAGAUGAGCUUACGUUUAGAAACAAUUAACUUCUAUUCAUAUUAUGUACAAUAUUGUAAUAAAAAUAGCACUGCUACAUAAAUGAUGACCAAGACAAUGCUUUGCUCUUAUAAUUGCUCUCUUAAUACAUUAUACUACUACUACUACUACUAAACUGUACCAGAAACAACUUAACUGGAAGGGAUGCAAAACCCCAUUUUGAAUGAGUUUUGGUCAAACAGAAGCACCCACUUUCAGUUUCCAGUUGUCAUGACAGCAUGAACAUUCUUAUAAACAGGGAUGGUAUGUCAUACUACUGACUUAUGGGAAGAAAUCUUAAAAUAUGAGAUGAGAGGUUUUGCACUAACAGCAACGAUAUGUUGGUUUUCCAAAGCCAGCAGAAUAUCUGUGACCUUUUAAGAAACUCUUUGCCAAGAGACUGACAGGGGAACAAUUUGCAGUUUGUUCCUCCUUUCAGUUAAAAGGCAAAUGGCUUCACUGUGCAUUAAAUGCACCAAAGGGAACCAUGUUUAUUUAUCCAUAUUAAGAUUAGUACCCACUGUAGUUACAGUGAGAUGGAAUACAAAUUGACAAGUUGUACAAGC